AUCUUCAGGUUCAACCCUCGCUACAUCCUUUUCAUCCACUUGGUGCUAAACAAAACACUCCAGAUGACAGUCAGCGUGUCCCUCUACAUCUUAGCCCAUGCCUUCCACACAGUCUAUAUCUUCAGGUUCAACCCUCGCUACAUCCUUUUCAUCCACUUGGUGCUAAACAAAACACUCCAGAUGACAGUCAGCGUGUCCCUCUACAUCUUAGCCCAUGCCUUCCACACAGUCUAUGUCUCCCUGUGCAUGCUCAUCCUCCUGCCGGCUAUUCUCACCACCAUGAACACUCCAUUGAAUCUGGCCUGCAUGGCAGCAGAAUGUUACAUCUCCGUCUGCAUCCCCCUUCGCUAUGACAGUAUAUGUACUGUUAAGAAAACCUACAUUGUCAUUGGCAUUAUGUGGGUGAUAAGCUUGCUCACUAUUCUACCUGACAUCUUUAUUCUUUUGAUUACUGAAGAGCUGCAUUUUUUGAAAACGAGAGUUUUCUGUGACAGGGACAGAGUGUUCAGAGGCAGCUACAGUAAAAAUAAGAUGCAUCCCACAUUUUUUCUGGUGGUUGUUUGUCUCACUCUGUUCUACACUUAUUUCAGAAUUUUCCUUGUGGCAAAAGCUGCAAAUUCUGAUGCUAAAAAAGCAAAAAACACAAUUCUGCUUCAUGGUUUUCAGAUGUUGAUGUGCAUGACAUUAUCAUUCCUCGCUGUCUAA